AUGUCUUAUGAAAGUGGGGCAAAUCAACCACGAAGGGGAUACUGUAACUGUGGUAUUCCAAUUGCACAGUUGGUAUCUUGGACUGAGAACAAUCCAGGGAGAAGAUUUGAAAAAAGGUGCAAGUUCUAUUCUGCAAAUCAAGAUGAUGGUAUGGGUUGCAAAUAUUGGAGGUGGGUUGAUGAAGGAAAUAUUCAUUGGCAGAGAGAUCUUUGUAAUCAGUUAUUGGAUGAGAACAAGGCAUUGAGAAGAGAGGUUGCUACAAUGAAGCUAAAAUUGGAUUCAGUGGUUGAAGAGGCAACUGAGUUGAAGGUGAAGUUAAGGUUUGGGAAAGGGAAACAAUUUGGUGGUUUUGGGGUUAAAUUAUUUCUCUCUGUGACUGUCGUCAUUCUAAGUGUAAUAUUUGCUAAGAUAUUUGGGUAA